GAAACUUAUAUGAAAUUAUAAUGCUUCAGGUCAAAUCUAGUUCACAACGUGAGUUGCAUAGAUUCAAAAGCAGCCUUGAAUCUUUACUUUGUUAUGACAAGUCCAUUCCAGAGGAAAUUAUCGAGAAACCAAUUGGUUUAUCUUUAAAUAGAAGAGAAAUAGGGAGCAACCCUCCAUGCAGUGAUUGUCAGGCUAAAGGUGCAAUAUUGUGUGUAACUUGCUCGGGUUCAGGCUUAUAUGUUGACUCCAUACUUGAGAGUCAAGGAAUUCUUGUGAAAGUCAAGUGUUUAGGUUGUGGAGGCAGUGGAAACAUUUUGUGUUCAAAAUGUGGUGGGCGAGGUCAUUCUGGGUUUAAUUAAGCUUCUUGUUAUAGCUUACCUUCCUUUGAUGUGAUUUUUUUUUAAAUCUUUACCAAAAGGUCAUAUUUUGGUUUUUAUGUCAAUGCAUUGAAGUGUUUGAACAUUGAAGACUGUAUCGUAGAUAGCCAUUAUGAUCAGUUUAGAUGAUCUUUCCUCAUAUCAUUAUAUGGAUGCUGUAUUGAAACUAAUGACAGCUUAUUCUUGAGAUUAUGGUGAUCUCUUUUUCUUGUA